GCCAAGCUAUUAUUAAUCCCAGCCUAAUUCUAAUCCCUACCUUAAUUAAACCAUUUUUCCCCACAGAAAAAAAAUAUUAUUAACUAAACAAAAACCAUCCUGCUCCACUGUGCCUUUCAAUCCACGCGUCCGUCGCCGUCGCCGCCUCGCGCGCAUGGACCACCACCCGCCGCCGCCGUCGCCGCCGCGGGACUCCGGCGGCAGCCUCGAGGUGCGCCUCUUCUACGUCCGCCUCUCGCCGCGGGGGCCCACCCCACCGCCCCGCCUCGCGCUCGCGCUGCGCAGCAGCCGCGGCGGCGACGAGGAGGAGGCCCCGACGCCCCUUUCCCUCCCGCUCCGCCUCGAUCGCCGGGACCCGGCCUCCGGCGAGGCCACCUACGUGUCCACCGCGUCCGCCCGCCUCCCCCCACCCUCCGCGGCCUUCGAGGUCGCCGACCACCGCGGCGCCGCGCUGCUCCGCGGCUCUCUUCGGCGGUGCCCUGAUGCCAAGCCCGAUUCCUCCCCCGCCUGGGCAAUCGACUGCAUCCCCGCCGCGGGGGCGGAGGCGGAGACCUCCGCGUUCGAGGUCUACGUCGCCGGAUGCUGCGCCGGCGAGCCCGCCGUCCUCACGUGCGCUCUUCGGCUAGCCACCCCCGAAGAACAGAAAGCUGCCGGCGGGUUGGUCCGCCGCCGAUCGCCGACUUCGAACGCUGCUGGUGAUGAAGAUGUCAAUGGAAGUAUACAGCAUCCAGAAGGUUGGUACUCCGACGAUGAUGACGGGCAACUCACAUGGUUCAAUGCUGGUGUUAGAGUUGGUGUUGGGAUUGGCCUGGGAGUUUGUGUGGGUGUUGGUAUAGGUGUUGGCCUCCUCAUGAGCUCAUACCAAGCAACAGCCAGAAGCCUGAAGAGGCGAUUCUUCUAACGCCGUUGCGUUGAAUACACAAACUUUUGAUGGCCGGUAGCAGUAUAGAGUUGGUUUGGUUCUGUUUCAAAGGGCAGAAAUAUCAUUGUAUAGUUGGUGGAUGUGUUGUUUAUGUGUGAGGUGUUGUGUUGCUUUUGCUUGUGCAGUUUUUGAGCCCCUGUGCAUCCCUCUCAGUUCUAUGUGAACUGUGAAUGUCCUCUGACAUGUGAAAAUGUUCUCAACUUUCAACAAGGAGAAACUGAUGAAUGGGAAUGAUGGAUUGCCAAUUCAGUCAUCUACGUUUGCAUAAGGCUGGAAACUACUGGAGGUAUUAUUUCUCUCUCUCUUUGUAAUAUAAUGAUCAGAUAUUGUGAACGAAAUGGAAGUACUUUAGUGAA